AUGAGCACGGCCGUAGGACUGGCCGGCGCUCCCCAGCCGCUGCACAGGGGCGAGCCAGCCCCGCAGCUCAAGGGGUUCGACAAGCAUGCUGCGCUCGCGUCGUGGCCCGUCGUGGCGCCGUCGUGCCCCCCCGCGAUGCGCCGGGCCCACUGGGACCCUAAGCAGUUUUCUCUGAUCAAGCAGCUCGGCACCGGGCAGGGCCGAACGGAGGUCUGGCUGGCCCUGGACCGGCCCUCCGAGACCAAGGUGGCGCUGAAGAUUGUCCGGCGGUCGCGGUCCGACAGCGUCGUCACGACGCACAUGGCCCGCGAGGCGGCCAUCCAAACUCGGCUCGACCACCCCAACAUCCUCCGGCUGUACGCGGCCUUCCGCACCGACUCGCACUACUUCCUCGUCCUCGAGGUCGCGGACGGGCAGACGCUGCUCGCGAAGAUCGCGCACCUGCCCUCGUUCGAGCCCCUGCUCGUGAAGAAGGUCAUCAAGCCCCUCUUCACCAGCCUCGACUACGUGCACUCGCGCGGCAUCAUCCACCGCGACCUCAAGCCCGAGAACGUCCUCUUCGGCACCGACGGCAACUUCAAGCUCGCCGACUGGGGCUACGCCAUGGACCUCGCCGCCGAGAGGCCCGUGACGCGCCUGGGGACGCUGGACUUCAUGGCGCCCGAGGUCGUGGCGUGCGGCCGCCGCGACUGCACGAACAUCCAGGACGCCGUCGAGUGCCCCAAGGAGCUGACGAUCCCGCGGGCCGAGCGCGUGCCCUACCGCCCCGCGGCGGACAUCUGGUCGGCCGGCGCGCUCGUCUUCGAGGUGUUCGCGCGGCGCCCGCCCUUCCGCUACACGCGCCAGGACCGCGAGCCCGACAUCCUGCGCCGCGCGCUCGACGGCAGUUACCAUUUCCCGAAUGGUUUCUCGGAGCCUCUCAAGGACUUCCUGGCGCUGUGCCUCCAGGUCGACGCGUCGCGGCGGCCGUCCGCGGCGCAGCUGCUGCAGCACCCGCUGAUCAUGCAGUACGAGCGCCCGCAGCCGAAGCGCGCCGCGGCGCCGCGCGCGGUGCCGUCCUGGGGCCCGGACUCGACAACUUCGUCGCAGCCCGUGUCGCCGGCGCCGGGCGUGCAGCUCACGGGCAAGCACCUGUCGGGCGACAGCGGCUACGACACCAACAUGUCGACGGACCACGGCGACGCGAACCUCGGCGCGACGCAGCACAUGGCGCCCGACGUGGCCAACAACAUGGCGGCGACGCAAGCUGCGAUGGCCGUGCAGCUGCCGUCGCCCACGCCGGCGCCGGCGCCGCGGUUCACCAGCGACGGCCUGUACGCGUCCCCGCACCAGGUCGCCCUGAACCGCCACGCCAGCGUCAACGGCAUCGGCUCGGGCUCGCAGACCAACAUGCAGCGUGUGCGCCUGACCAACCAGGGGCAGGGCCGCUGCUCGGGGAUCCCGGACUCGAUGGCCGGCUCGAUGCACGGCACGCCGAACCGCCUCACGGUCGGCUCGGGCAUCUCGGACUUCCCGUCGAUGGCGGGGGAGUCGAAGCACUCCCCCUGGAUGUCGCGCAAGGCCCCCGCGGCGCUCGACGUGGCGGCGGACCAGGACCUCCGCGCGCGCCGCCGCACGGACAACACCGGCGUCCAUGCGCAGAACGGCCCCGAGGAGCUCCUCUCGAACCAGUCCCAGUCGAUGCGCAUGCUGUCGAACCGACAGCAGUGGCGCGCGACGAGCGGCCCGACGGCGCCCGCGACGCCCACGACGCCCGCGGCGCCCGUCGCGGUGCACGCGCAGGGCAUGGUGCCGCAGGCGCCGCCCGUCGCGUCGAGCGGGCGCUCGCGCGAGGUGGUCAGCAUGAAGGCCGACGCGCACGAGGGGUCGACGCACAUGCUGAACGGGACGUACGGGCUGUCCGUGCUCGACGAGGGCACGGCGGACGGCGCGUCGACGGGCACCGGCCGCUCGAGCGGCACGCGGGCGAAGCAGCGCACCGGCAGCGGUGCUCACGGGCCCAGCACUGGGGUCGACUCGGCCGGGCGCGGGCGGCUCAAGGGCGCGUUCAUGGGAAUCUUCCGCCGCAAGACGCACGACUGCUGA